GCACAUCUCUGCAGCUGUGGGCUCACAAUGCCAGCUGUCCAGUUGCUGCUCCUGGCCUGCCUGGCCUGGGGUACAGGGGUCAGGACAGCCCAGCUCCAGAAAGCCAAUGACUGGAGUGGCCAGUGCCAGUACACCUUCGUCGUGGCCAGCCCCAGUGAGUCCAGCUGCCCUGGGCCAGGCCAGGCUGUGUCAGCCAUCCAGGACCUCCAGAGAGACAGCAGCACCCAGCGUGCAGACCUGGAGGCCACCAAGGCCCGGCUCAGCUCCCUAGAGAGCCUGCUCCAGCGGCUGACCGGAGAUCAGUCGGCCAGCCCCUGGGACACUGAAGGAGGAAUGUGGAGGGAGCUGAGCAGCCUACGGAGGGAGAGAGACCAGCUGGCAACUCAAGGCAAGGAGUUAGAGGUGGCCUACAGCAACCUCCUCCUCGAUAAGUCUGCCCUGGAAGAAGAGAAGAGCCAACUGAGGCAGGAGAACGAGGACCUGGCCAGGAGGCUGGAAAGCAGCAGUCAGGAGGUAGCAAGGCUACGGAGGAGUCAGUGUCCUCAGGGCCCAGAUGCCUCUGAGGAUGUGCCACAAGGAUCCAGGGAAGUUUCUAGAUGGAAUUCGGAGACUGUGGACUUCCAGGAACUGAAGUCAGCAUUAACUGAGGUUCCUGCUUCUGGAAUCCUGAAGGAGAGCCCAUCAGGGGGCCACAGGAGCAAAGAGGGGGACGCUGGCUGUGGCGAGCUGGUUUGGGUAGGAGAGCCUAUCACGCUGAGAACAGCCGAAACAAUCACUGGAAAGUAUGGUGUGUGGAUGAGAGACCCCAAACCCACCUUCCCUUACACUGAGGAGACAACCUGGAGAGUGGACACAGUGGGCACAGACAUCCGCCAGGUUUUUGAGUACGACCUCAUCAGCCAGUUCCUGCGAGGCUACCCUUCUAAGGUGCACGUGCUGCCCACGACGCUGGAAAGCACUGGCGCUGUGGUGUACCGGGGAAGCCUCUACUUCCAGCGGUCGAGAUCUGGGACUGUGAUCAGGUAUGAGCUGAACACUGAGACAGUGAAGGCCGAGAAGGACAUCCCUGGAGCCGGCUACCACGGGCAGUUCCCGUAUUCUUGGGGCGGCUACACAGACAUUGACUUAGCUGUGGAUGAGUCCGGUCUCUGGGUCAUCUACAGCACUGAGGCGGCCAAAGGUGCCAUUGUCCUUUCCAAACUGAACCCAGAGACUCUGGAAGUUGAGCAAAGCUGGGAGACAAACAUCCGUAAGCAGUCCGUGGCCAAUGCCUUCAUUAUCUGUGGCACCUUGUACACUGUCAGCAGCUACUCAGCAGGCAAUGCUAUGGUCAACUUUGCUUAUGAUACAGACACAGGCAGCAGCAAGGCCCUGAGCAUCCCCUUCAGGAACCACUACAAGUACACCAGCAUGAUUGACUACAACCCCCGGGAGAAGAAGCUCUUUGCCUGGGACAACUUCAACAUGGUCACCUAUGACAUCAGGCUCUCCAAAAUGUGA